AGAAGACGAAAGCGAAGAGAGUGAGUCUUUUGAAGAUGCCUUGGAAAACAGACAAGUGGAUUGAAUCCAAGGCACUACACAUUGAUUGAUAGAUGUUAAAAAAGGAACGUUUUGUAAUGGCGCAUGAAAUUGGAUUUUUCCGCCAGAUUGAAUAAAAGAUUUUACUGCUUUGCCUUCAUCUAUGAACAUUUGACAUUGCCUGAAAAAACGGAACGUUUCCGCUGAUGAGUGCAGUAUUUGAAUUGUUUCUGGUAACCCAGCAUUAUUUUCUAUCAGAUUGGAAACUUGAAGGACAUUCAGUUUGGAGUUAGGUUUCCAGUGGCAGUGCAAAUGGACUUCGGAGCUGACUAAAACUACACUACAAGUGACUACUGGGUGUGGUAGAUGAUCAAAACCCUAUCUUGCAAUCUCCAUGAUCUGCAGAUACUAGAGUGUUCCUCGGAUAAUUCAAUCACCUGUUGGCAUCAACCAAAAUUGCUCUGGAUUCUAGCAGUACCAGAAGUGAUCCACAUUAAGUAACGUUUAUGGAAUUGAUUUGACACUGACAGUGAAAGUACCCAAAUAUCCUGGUGAUUGUUUCAGAUCGCUGAGGGAUACAAUUCUUUUGCCAGGCGAGAAAUCAGCAUAGGUUGAUUGGAUUUCUCCGAAGGAGUAGGUUUGCUAUUUCAUGUAUAAAUCACAUCUCCAACAUAUUUGGCACCGACAUCAAGUUGCAACAGGAUUUCACCGAAGCUCCUCUGACAUGCAGUUGAGCUAACCUGGAGCUGGAGUGUGAGUCGAUCCGAUAUAUCCCCGUUGUCGUGAAACUACCAGUACGGGAUAAUAAAUCCGCGCCAGAAUGUCUGACGAUGACUCUGACCUUGCCAGCAAUUUUGGUGAUCAAAAUGACAGGGCAUCCGAGAUGGACCUUGGGGCGGCCAUUGAAGAGACCACCAUGGCGCUCAAUCUCUUCCUCAACAACAAGUUCUCUGAAGCUAAAGCUAUCAUGGAACCAUGCUUCAGGGAGUUUGAGUCAUCAGCUCAUCACAUGUCCUCAUCGGAGGAAGUAUCCACCCCGCCUAAAAACAAAAUUGAAAAAAAACGUUUGAAGCAUAUGGCAACCUCAAGUAUGUACCAUGCACUUGGUUACGGCACCAUCAUGUACCUUCAAGCUGUGAUGACAUUUGAUUCCGGUGAUAUUGAUGCAGCUAUUCAGACAUGUAAACGUUCAGUUAUCGUCUGCAACAAGAGGCGGAAGAAAACGUCCAUGAUGGAUUCAUUCUCGAAGGCAGUGAAUAAACCGAACUAUAAUGCGUAUACAGAUGAGGAAAUUCAUGCAGAAUUAUGCUACGCUGAAUGCCUACUCGAAAGAGCACUUCUUACAUUUCUUCAAGACGAGAAUCUCAUUAGUUUUGUGAAAGGAGGUCUCAAGAUACGGCAGUGUUACCACUCUUACAAGGAGUGCUACAAGAUCAUGAAACACCGAACUUGGCGAGACAUGAAGAUGAAGGCCCACUUCGAGAGCGGGUGCAGGAUGGGAGUGGGUGCGUUCAAUCUCAUGAUCUCAUUGCUUCCAACAAAAGUCAUGAAAUUGUUGGAGUUUGUUGGAUUCUCAGGGAACAAGUACAUUGAACGCUGUCACCAAUACUGGAAAUAUGGAUUAGCUGAACUGGAAGCUGCAGCCGAUCUUCAGCACAGUCUGCGGGGUCCACUUUGCUCAAUGAUCCUCAUAUCAUACCAUACAGUGGUCACAUAUGUUCUAGGCACAGCUGAUGGUGAUAUCGACUUUGCUGAAAAGACGCUGAAGCUCUGUUUGCAGAAAUAUCCAAAGGGAGCCAUGUUCCUCUUCUUCGCUGGUCGACUGGAAGAGAUCAAGGGAAAUAUGGAUGAAGCCAUUCAUAGAUACGACGAAUCCAUUGAAUCUCAGUCAGAGUGGCGACAGUUCCAUCAUCUCUGUUUCUGGGAACUCAUGUGGUGCCAUGCAUUCAAAUGUGAUUGGUUGGUGGCCAUGAAGUAUGCUGAGAAACUGUUCCACGAGAGUCGUUGGAGUCGAGCCACAUAUACAUAUCAGAAAGCUUCCUUCCUUAUGAUGUGUGAUAACAAGGAAAACACAGAAGAAACCCAAGAGCAUCUGAACUAUUUAUUCAGCCGCAUUCCAGUCCUGAAACAGAAGAUUGCUGGUAAAUCUCUGCCCAUUGAGAAGUUUGCUGUGAAGAAAGCCCAACGUUUUGUCAAACAGGGUAACAGACUCACCCUUCCAGCACUGGAGUUAAUCUAUGUGUGGAAUGGCUUUUCAAUUAUUGGCAAAAAGAUGCAUCUGCUCGAGCCGAUGAUGGCUAGCAUUGAAAAAACUAUUCAAGAGGUGCUCCAGAAUAAAGAUUCGUACGAGUUCUUUGAAGACGACUACUGCCUGUGCCUGAUCCUGAAGGGGGUCUGCCUGCGUCACCUGGGACGGAGCUUUCAGGCGGAGAUGUGCUUCAGGGAGAUUGCUGACAAUGAGAAAAAGUUGAAACAAGACCCGUACCUCUCACCGUAUGCCCAAGCCGAACUUGCCUUCAUGAUGCUAGAUGAUGAGCAAUAUGACAAUGCAAAGAAACUGCUCGACCAUGUCAAGACCGGGUACAAAGGAUAUUCGCUGGAAUCACGACUACACUUUCGUAUCCAUUCCGCUCACCUCAAGAUAAAGGCUUUGAAGAAAGGCGAGGGAAACACCGCAGACUUCAAUGGCAUGGAGACCACGUCACAGCCUGGCACCCCAGUGGAGGAGGCGCGUUCGUUGCCGAGCAGUAUGCCGACCACCCCUACAGCCCAAACACCAGAUUCCCCAGGAAUAUCAUAGAAACAUAACAAACCCAUGAUAUUUGCAGGUGAGAUUAUAUCUGGUGAGGGGGCCUGCGCACCCAUGAUUUAGACACCUGGUGAUCACAGGAAUGUUUCAAGGAUGCGGUCUUUGUUUGAUAAAGUUCCAAAGUCAUGUCUAUACCUUGAGAAACUUGGCAAAACUCUGAUUCUUCAUCUGGCACAUAUAUAUCACAAAUACUGUUUGUUCCACACUUACUCAAUACGUUUUACUGCUCACGUUUAGAAAAUUAUAAGUUACUCUUAAAGGAAACCUGUAGGGGAACGCUUAUAAAAAUGGGGAGUUUUGAACGGCCCGAUUAAAACCAAAGGCGGGAAUAAGCUUCCAUUGAUGAAACUUAGCAGUUUCAAAUUCCCCUCAGGUUGUUGAUAAUGUGAGCUGGGAAUCUUGGUAACAUUGCAUAAUGUUGCAUAACAUUACUGACUCCAGUCAAUGAACUGCAUAAGAGGUAAUCACCAAUAUAGUUAUUUUGACUACGUUUAGUUAGUCUAAAUUAAGACUUGAGCCACGACUGGAUCUCUUUAAGCACCCCAUAAAUAAGCAAUUUUUGUCGCUGCGACUUUGUUUGUUGUGGUCAUUACAGGUGCCUGCAAUCAAAAUAUCAGAUUGGUGACCUGCAAGUGACAGAUUGCUCAUUUAAUGCUGUGACAAUCAGCAGUCGCAGCGACAUGCGAGUGAAAGAUCACGUGUUUGCUGUGAAAAACAGUGUUCACAGCAUCUGCAUCUGGGCUUUCACUUUCACAAUCAGUGGUCACUUCUAAAAUCGCUACAUCAUGUUGCCAAGGCUGCGUUUUGCAGGGACAUGUGGUUAAAGGGGGACUAUAGGUAUGAGCUAGGGGGGCAAAUUGGUGGUCUUCAGGUGAAUUAUGCACAAUUCGGGGACUUGUUUGUGUGUGGUUCAGUUAUUGAUAUCUUCCUCGUACAAGCCUGAAUAGUUUUGAUGAUCGGUGAGACAGGAGAGACCCAUACUGGUGACUUUGUGUAACUUUAUCUUGCCUACCUGGCUACUGCCUAUAAGCUCCCUUUAAUAUAGCUUCUUUGUGGCGGACCGUCACUAAUUUGCAGGAGAACCUGUCACAGGUGCAGUGUCAUUGUGCUUUAAUUCUGUGCAAUUUGUGUGGUUUAUGUUAAUGUGACUUCUUCAUUCUGAUGCAAAUGAAAAAUAAUGCUGAUCAAUAGAUCAAAAAGUUUGAAAUAACUAAAAGUAAGUCAUUAUAAAGCGCUUUAUGAUCUACAACAUCCUCAAAGCGUGCGACAUUUAUACCUGCAAUUUCUGCCUUAAAAUGAUCAGUCUCUGUCACCGCUCUCUGAUAAAGCUUACUUGUUUGCUGUGAUAUUGUUCUCCAGCCUGAUGUCCCCUGCCAUCCCUGCACAUUCUGUUGCACUUUACCAAGCCUAUAUCCAUGCACAGUUCGAAAGCCUGGUUUUGGGAUAUACAGGGUGUCCAUGAAAAAAGUAUACCCAACUUUAAAUCCAGAUUACUGAAUCCUGAGCAAUAUUCCUGAAAUACAAAGGUUGUAUGAGAAAGCCUCGUCUGUCCUCUAUCCAAUGGUACCUGGAUCAUUAUGUAACUGCCAUGGAUGACUGAGCAAUCAUGACCAUAAUUAAAGGUGGUAACAUCAGCACUGUGCCAAUUUAGCAUUAAACUCAAGUGGGGGAUUACAAUGUAAUAUGUAGCAAGAAUAUAAGUAAUAGACAUACAUUUGUAAAUUGUAAAUCUCUCCUCUUACGGAAGGAAAUCAUUUUUGUGGAAGAGGAUUUUGCCUUGUCCGCUUGUGGUUAGCAUCAAUAUCCCUUGGUGCUGGCGGUGUAGUCUCAUGCAAGGGAUGGGUUCCAUUCUCGUCGGAGGCGGAAUGCUUGCAAACUGAACCUAAAAUUCCUGUGGUGAGAAGACUAAAUAUUAACAUUGUAUAACCAAUGACACUAGAAUACGUAGAUUAAACAUCUUCAUCUGGCAUUUGUCUGGCUUCAGUAAAUUAUCUAAGAAUGCUAUGGGAGUAAAGGAAAGGUGCUGUCCCUUGUCUUUGUAUUGUUGUCUAUGUUAGGGGCAGCGGUAGCGCAGUGGAAGAGAGUCGGCCUCAUGAUCAGGAGGUCGUAGGUUCGACUCCCGACCUAAGUCACGACUUGGUUCCCCUACUGGUCGAGUACAGGUGAGCGCCUUCUGGUUGCUUGUUGAAACCCCGGAUUGAUUUCUGUGGAGACCGGAGUAAUAAUAUGGUAUCCUAAAAGCACUCUGAGCAGGGAAAUCUGGAAAGCACUAUAAAAGAACCUCAACAUUAUUAUUAUUAUUUCAUUGGUGUAACACUGAAGAGCCUGGACUGGAACUACAGUCCAAGUCACAAAUGACAUCUGUCCCACUUCGCAUUAGUGACGCAUGAGGUACGCGUGAGUUGCACGCCAAAGACACACCAGUGAAGCGCUUAUCUCUCUAUUUUUCAUGUAUAUUGUGCUCUGGGUAGCGCGUCAAUGAUGCACCAUUGACGCGAUUUACAGGAUGUCAAUUGUGAUUAGGACUGUAGGUAUCCAGAAUUUAGGUUCAGGUUGACUUUUGUGUUGCUAAAUGGGCUUAAUCAUAACAGUGUUAAGUCUGUUUUUCCCAUCAUAUUCCCAUUGUGUUGAUACAUUUCUGUGUUGAGGACUAUCUCUGACCAUAUGUUCUGUAAACCUUGAAAUCUUUUUGUGGAUUUUUUUCGUGUUUACAGAUGAUCAGUUACUAAUAAAUCGCAAAAUGUAUGUCCGCAAAAAAGAAAAUCUAACCAAAAUUACUGUUUUAAAGGGACAUUAUAGGCGGCAGCUAGGCAGGCAAGAUAAAGUUACACAAAGUUGCCAGUAGGGGUCUCUCACAUCUCACAGUAAGGCGAAAUGAUUCACGCUUGUACAUGGAAAAUAUUUAGUGCCGAGUCUGGGUACUCUGACAUGACCCAGGGUCCUUACAGUGUACAUAUAAAGUCACCUGAAGAUGGCCAAAUUAGCCCCUCUGCUCCUGCCUAUAGUCCCCCUUUAAGGGGUUGUCCAAAUUGCUAAACUAAAGAUAAGCUUUAAUUGAAAGUUCUCAAAACCGCAAAACAAAAUGUCUGUCAAUAUUUCUGAGUUUAGAGUAUAUUAUUGGGGCUUUAUGUAGUUUUAGGUUUUAGCGACUGCAGGUUGGUGCAAUGAAUAAAGAAAAUGUGAUGUUUUUUUGUGGCACUCCGUAUAAGGCAUAAUAAGUUGUUCAUUUAGAUGCACUGUUAUUAGAAUGUUGAUAGGGGUUUUUGUACAUGAAUAAUGUGACGACCAGCAUAAGAGACCUAUUUAUUUCAUGAAGAUCUAUAGUCUAUAUUGUUGAGAUGGGAAUAGAGUUGAGAUGUUUCACAUGCACAGCUUCCAAAUGUAGCACUUGACUGAUUUGUAUUUCCUGCACGUGAAUGACGUAUCACGAAAUAUCUCAGUCGUGUGUCACUGUCAUGUUUGAAGUAAGCUUACAUGAUACGUGAAUAUUUAAUAUUGUUUCAGUUUUGCUGAUAACCUGGUCAAUCUGAAUCCAUUAUCUAUGAUGAUGGCGUACAAUUGUUCGACACUGAUGGAGCCCCAAUAAUUCAGAGAGAUGGGAUGACCUUUUUGACCAAAAACUUUACAAUGUUGACCAAACACAUGUACAUGUAUGUGAACACGCAUACAUACUCUAAAACCUCGAAUACAAGGUCUGCGGCUCAGCCCCCAUUUAUUACAAUAGUUUUGAAUGCGGAUGGGUUAGUAAGUCUGGUAUUAUUCUUUUAUCAAUGGCAUGGGCCAAUGCAGUCGCAUGUGGUAUAAUCUUGCUCUGAUCUUGGCUGACAUUGACAGUGAAACGAAAUCAACAUCACCAGUUAUAGUAGCCCCAUUUCUUCUAAUAAAAGAGACCCAGCCUAUUACUUAAGAUUGACAGUCAAGAUCAGCGUCAUUGGCUGACAGAACAAUGCGAACACUUGACAAUCCCUCCACCAUUGUAAUUAAUGGGGGCGGAGCCUCAGACCUCGUAUUGGAGGUUUUAGAGUAUAUAUCUAUCAUUGUCUAUUGUGUUUGUAUGAUAUUUGUAGUCACUGAUUUAACACUCUUUUUUUUUACAAAAGCUAUUAGAUUGUUUAGGUAAACUCUUUUACUCUUGUUGAUUUUAAAUACUAUUUUUAUGCAAUUUCCAAGUUCUUGCCUUCUCUCAUUGUGUCUUAGAGAUUGUAAGAAGUUGUUCAUAUAAGGUUUAUUUACGCAGACUGUCAGGAAAUUUUCAAUUAUAGUUUGGUUCAAGGUGUUCAGAAAUGUUGCAUGUCACUCUCAUUUUCACAAUUGCUCUCGGAUUUUCGUCAAACCUACCUCAAAUUGAUUGUUGCAUCAUGUCCAAGAGUUUUAAUCCAUUCAAAAGUUCAUUCCGGCCACAACCGCUGCAGAAAAUGAUGAGUUGGUGCAGGAUAUGAGCCCUGAUGCUUUAAAAUGCAGGUGUCAAUCACCAUGUGUCAUGAUGACACUAUUUGCAGCAGAAACAGAGCAUCUAGAGCUUGUGUUACAUCAAUUAUCAUGACAUUUCUUCAAUAGAGUGGUUGCACGUGACGUCAUCACCAGCCAUGUUGGAGGAACAGAUAAAAGAAAGCAAGUCCAAGAGACCAUGACAGCAUUUUAACAAGUCAGGUCAGGCAUGACAAAUCAUUGUUCUGCCCUCCAACAUGGCUGUCUGUGAAAACACUAUAGUGGUACUUCCACUACAGGAAACUCCGGUGUGUGUCUGAGUUUAUUCUGAUUCCACUACAGGAUCUCCGGGUUAAAUAGGGCUGGAGCUACUGCUAAUAACACCGGGUUUAUUAUACCCGGCGAUUAUCGGUGGGUUUCACACCCAGUUCCGGAUCGGCACCGGAGUUUUCUGUAGUGGAAUACCAAUGACACUGGAUAUAAAAGUUGUAUAGAUUCGGCGAUAGGUGGCACGCCAAUUGCUUAAUACAAGUGCGCCCGGUGCAUGCUGGAAAAAUAGUGCCCAAUAUUUCGAUAUCGCCAUCUGUCGCCGAGCUUUAUAUUAACCUGACAUGCAAGCUUGUGGUGGAACAAGAACCAAGAAAUAUCCGGGUUUAUUUAUAUCCGGAGAGCCUCCGGAUCUAUUAACACCGGGUUUAAAACCUGUAGCGGAAGUAAGACUUAUGGGGCGAAACCCCUGUGCAAAUUUUGGGUAGUAAAACUUCGAAUGCUGGAACAUCAGGCCUUUUACUAGAGUGGUUGUGGUCGGAAUGAACUUCUUAAUGCUAUGAUGUGAUAAUCAAUUUGAAGAGGGUUUGAUGAAAUUCCGAGAGCAAUUGUGAAAAUGGGAGUGAUGUGCAACAUUUCUGAACAUCUUGAACCAAACUAUAAGACUGUUGUUGCAACAACUGCCAUUUUAAUGCUUUGGACGGUGACAAAAAUGAUCUCUUCUGCCUGUUUCUGUUUAAGUUCAGCUAUUAUUUCAGAAAGUGACUCUAUUUCUUGCUGUACACUAGUGUGAUGACAUUCAGCUAAUUCAGAGUUAAAUGUAAUAUCAUCAUAAUCACCUGAUAAUGCACUGUUUUCAUUGGGCUAUUAGGGUGGUGCAGAGGGCUGUGUUAGCUUGGGUUAUGGCAGGCAGUGUUUAACCUGGUCUUUGAUUUGAAUGGGUCAAACCUGGCUGAAAAUUUGGUGGUUCACUUUUCAUAUAGACGUGUUAAAAUAUGAAAAUAUAAACCUUAGACGGGCUAUCUAAUUAUCUCUGUCAACAUUAAAAGCUCUCGUGCUCAAUUGUGCACAUUAGUGCAAGACCAGGGAGGAGAUUGUCAACAAUGUCAAACGUAAACAUAUGCCAAAUCGUCUUGGGAAAAUGUGAUUCCCAGAACUUGCUUGACACUGGAAGGGUUAACAAUAAUUCUUAUGAAAGAUGAAAGAGUGCCCUCAUCUAUGAUAUACAGUAGAACCUCUCUAUUAGGGACACCCUCGGGACUGACAAGUGCUGUCCUUAAUAGAGAGGUGUCCUGAUAAGAGAGGUCAAAUUGAAUGGAAACAACCAAUUUGGAACCAAAACUAGUGUCCUUAAUAGAGAGGUGUCUGCUAAGGGAGGUUUCGCUGUAUCUAUGAAGCUAAAUUAGAAUUUCACAAUUAGAAACAAAUUAUUUGAAUAACCUGAGAGAAUUUGAAUUUGUGUACUUGUCCGGUGUAUUGUCUGCAAACUGUGAAGAACAUGUAUAUCUUAAAAGAUUUCUAAAUAUUCUUAUUAGUUCCGCUAACACAACAUGACAGAAGCAACGUCACAUGAAAUGACACAACACUGAAAUUAAGGAAUCCAGAUUGAUCUAGAUACUUCUUUGACAUAAAAAAAAGGGCCUUCAGUAAUGAAAUCUGCAUCCGCACAAUCACACUAUUGUAAUUUGGUGACCGGGUUGGUUGGGAUUGGCUGCGUUUAAACGACACACAACUGAAUCGCAUCCAGAUCAAACUCAAGCAAUUCGGUGGGUUCAAAAAAAAAUUCAAAUUCAAGCUACAUGUAGAUACAGACUGGAUUAAUUUUUGUUAUGCGGACAUUUUUUAUCGGAUGUGGAUGCGAUAAUGAACUAAUGUUGCUUUAUUUCUUGUUGAGGGAAGGCACUUUGAAGGUGUGGUAUAAUGCCUAAAAAAUACUGUCGUGAUACAUGUAUGUUGAUUGGUAUAUAUUUUUAUCAUGUAAAAAGUAAUAUCUAUAAUGUAUAAAGCUUGUAUGAUGUAAAGGCAGUUAUUUAUGGUGCAUUCUGACUUUGCUUUGUUUUCACGGUUGUACCUUAUUGUCUCAAAAUUUAUUAAUUUUCAUGCCAAAUAUUCAAUUUGGCUCGUAGCUGCACUGUGCAGUGACGAGCUGCACUGUGUAGUGCCGCAAUGUGGUUUUCUGAUGAAGUGUUAAUUUCUGCUUUAACCAAUCGGAGUAAGCUGUGUGUGUCCUCCUGAUGUGAUUUUCUUAUUGGUGUGCUUCUUGCUGUGUGACUUUGUGAGCUCUUCGACGUUUUCAGGAUGCAAGGAAUUUUAGACUCAUCGUUUUAUAAAGCUAAUAAAAGGCAUCUGUGUAGAAGAUUGAGUUUAUACAUUCCUGACAAAAAUAAGAGGUUUAGUCCUACUCCAAGUCUCACUAGGAUAGAAAUGGUUGAUUCGCACUUUGUCAGGUGUGUAGACUUAAGGAAUGAAUUCCUCUGUUAGAGUGAAUUGCCUGAUGGCGGGGUCAAAAGACAUGAUCUCAAGUUGCCACAUUUGAAGUCAGUGACGCCGAAAUCAUGUUUGAGUGGUCAAAGGAGCUUGAACUUAUAUAUAUUUGUGACGCAGGAAAGUGAGUGCGUUGUCAUAUGUGUGAAGUUGCACGACCUAUGCUGUACUAUUACAAGGAAUAUUAUCUAUCAGUUUGGUCGUAGGUAGGAGUUUCAUGCAUUCCUGAAAAUGUUUAUGAGUCGGUGUAUUUCAAGUUUUAACUACCUCAGUGUCAUAUCCUAUGAAAGAGCUUUCCUCUUCUGGAAAUUGUGUGUGUUGAAUUGGUCUGUUUCUUUUCCAGGGGCAGGGUAAGCUGGAUUCCUGUCCACUUUUAUAGUAAAAAACUAACUGUUGCAGUUAGACAUGAAAAUAAAAGAACGUGCGUCAUGAAAUUGUAAACAAAAAUCUUCAAGGAAUUUUACCACUAUUAGUUCAGUUCUUGUUAUUCUACAGUAAAUUCUACCUAACCACCCAGUGAAGUUGAUGACGCUUUCAAACAUGUUCAAGAUCUUUUUUUCAUUAAUAGGCCUACAAAAUUUCUCCUGUAACCUUGGAAAUUUUUUAGCCUUAUAUUUGGCAGUAUAAUGAUGCCAAGUAUUGAAAGGAAUGAAAUAGCAUAUGGUAAUCCCAGCAGUAAAGUAGUGUAUGCAGUUGAUACAUUUUAGCUUACAACACACGAAAACCAAAUAUUAUUGGAAUCCAUCUUGCCCUGCGGUCUCCUGACUUUCUACAUUCAUUUGGCAAUAGCAUAACUGGUGAGAGCAAUAAGCCAGGGGGUGACCGGUAGUAUGCCCGUCUGGGUUGAACCUCGCACCUCCGAACUGAAGUGUAUGCCAGCAAUACUUGAUUUGUUUUCAUCUGAUAUGAUUUGUGGUUUAGCGUCAGGCUUUGUAUUGUGUGGCUGUUUCUUCUCUUCGAUUACUAUAGUUGGCCACGGGCACGUGAAAAUGAGUUCAAAGCCCCCCCCCCCUGAAUUCGACUGACAAAGACUCUCCUGACAACACAGUAUUCUUGUAUGUGUUUUGUCAGCAAGGGUUUUUUGUCAGUCAAUGGGGGGGGGGGGGAUGGGGGGCUAUUGAGUUCAUAUUUUCACAUGCCUGUGGUCAUUUUAGACAUCUUAAAGGGACAAUACAGGCAGCAGCUAGGCAGGCAAGAUAAAAGUUACACAAAGUCCCCCAUAGGGGUCUCUCACAUUUCACAGUAUGUCGAAAUGAUUGACACUUGUACGAGGAAUAUAUUUAGUGCUGAAUCUAACAUGACCCAGGGCCCUUACUAUGUAUAUUAUUAUUAGUCACCUGAAAAUGGUCAAAUUAGCCCCUCUGCUCCUGCCUAUAGUCCCCCUUUUAUAUAUAUUGUUAACUGUUAAUUUUUCACUAUAUUACUUUUGAACUUCACGUCAAAAAAGAUAGCAUGAAUCGGCAGACUUCCAAGUCAUAAAAACCAUUAGGUCUACUUAACUUGCCCAAUAUUGUGAAGGAAAAAAAUACACAAAAUACAUUUACAGUUUACAACCAAAGAAGUUUUAACAACCUCUGUGGAACUGUAAUUGGCAGGGUAAUGCUAUAUAUGUAGUUGAGUGAAUGCCUACUUUUUCAUCAUUGCUCAACGCUAGUCACAUCUGCUUUAAAGGGGUAUGCCGUUCGUCAUUACUGGUGGUCCAGUUGAAUAGAAAUCCACUGAUACACAAUGCCGUAGUGCAGUUAUUGUAAAUACAAAUUUGUUUAAACUUGGUAUUCAUAGUAUUUGUAUAUCAGUCUACACAACGGCAAUGUUGAAAUUUAUAUUUAGUAGGUAUUUUCACAAUAGGACAUUUUCAAAUUCAAUUAGAAAUUCAAAAAUUUUAACGAACGACGUAGGCCUUUAAACUUGUAAUGGAAAGGUCAAUGGUAACUGCUACAUGUCCAAGGAGUUUAUUUCAAGUGUGUGGCUAUGUCAGAUGGUUUUAGUUCAUAUAUGUGGCUUUACACAUAAGAAGAUAAUACAAAGCCAUUUAAAAACUCAUAAUUUGGUUAAUGUAUGGUCGUCGCGCUACAUGUAGGGUCAACUUCUUUAUAUUGUUGGCUUGCGUAUAACAUUGAGCGAGUUUCAGGGUGCCAUCUGUUUGUACAUCCCCUUUAAAAACUGUUUUUUUCCAACGAAUUCUCUGUGGGUCAUCACUUCAAGAAAUAAAGGUAUUAUCAUCAAUUUGCACUUUACCUGUAUCAUUUUACCUAUUUUCCCGAAAGUUUUUGACAUUUUCCAAUUUCGGUGCAUAUUGGUAUUACUUAGUAGAAAAACACAUUAUGUGUUAUUUUUAGCCCUAUGUGGCCUGGCACAGGAAAGGUUUUCCCUGCGCCCAUUAGUGCACCUGAGGUGGACCAAUGCGCCACCCCUCUAUCAUGAUACAAUGUUAUUUGCAUUCCUUGGUAAUCGAUUGUUUUCACCGUAAUCUCAUGGUGAAAAUCUAGCCUCCGCGCAGUGCGUCCACAUGGUCCAGUCAAAAUUGAAAUUGAAAUAGUGUGAUAAUUCAAUCAGUUUUGGAUUUUUUUAAUUUUUGGGCAGUUCAGUGAUGCGAAGUACUCCUUGAAAUGACUGAUGGGCAGCCAACAUUUUGGUUACUAUGGCCCUUAUAAUAAUGCCAUUCAUCCUUUAAGUGAAUACCUGCCUUAGUGACUAGUUUGAAAAUGUACCCAUCUGUACAAAUAUGUGUUUGUAUAUAUUUCUGUAUAGUCUUGUGUCAGAACAUCAGAUUUUUUUACAGCCUUUCCACUCCAAACAUAAUAUGUAUGUAUACAAUGUAUAUUGAAAGUGUUGUCUGACAUCAUCCUUAUAAAUAGAAACCAGAGAUCUGCAUUCCUUGUCUGUAGCUGGUGACCUCUUUUAGACAAUGUUAAAUUUUUGAGACAGAUCUGAUUUGUCCUUUUACAGGCUAUAUUGAUUGGGCACAUAAUCAGUAUAUAAAAACAUCUGGGUUGUAUGGCCAUUGGCUGGGGUUUUAAUAGUUACCUGUGUUGGGUAAAAAAUAAGGAUGGUCUAUGUCUGUUCUAAAUAAUGUUUUAAUGAUGCACAUGUGCAAUGGUAUGUUUCGACAUCCACUUGUAUAUCACUUUGUACAGUAGAAUAUCUCUAUUAAAGGGAAUCUCUAUAUUAAAGACAUCCACUUGUAUAUCACUUUGUACAGUAGAAUAUCGCUAUUAAAGGGUUAUGAUGUUUGUUUUGCAUGUAUUUACUGUUGGUCCAACUAUACCUAGUUCCUUUUUUUAAGGCCAAGCGACGCCAAUAGUCAAUCGUAUUGAAUGCCACAUGCAUGUAUGCUCAAGCGUUAGCCGUAUUCACUUGGUGCGGGUAUCAAUUUUCCCAAUCGCUGCAUGUUAAUUUAGCGUAUGUGUACUCGAUUACUCAUAUGAGAAUACUACAAGGAAAAUAUAGCAAUUGGUAAAUCGCAAAUCUACCAAAAGCCAUAAUUUUUUUCUGCUGCCAGCACAGCAGUGGUAUGUGUCAUUUUUAUGGAAACGACCAUAAUGGUAAACAAACGUUGUAAUCCUUUAAGAACAUACACCCUUAGAACUGAUGAGUGCUCUCUUUGAUAGAGAGGUGUCCUUGUCUGUUAGGGAGGCUCUGCUGUAGAUCUGAGUGUGUAAUUCAUACAUGUAUGUGUUCUUGUGGUCAUAUUACUGCUCCAAAACAUCAAUAUUUUACCACGGGUGAAAAAAAGUCACAUGGGUGAUUUGCAUGUUCUGUUACUCUAAAAGUUGAGACUGUACAAAAAAAGUUUGGAAAAUUGCUCAAUAUAUUAUGUUAUCAUAGUUAUUAGCAUAUAUAUAAUCAAGGUGUAGAAUAAAGGGAUCAAAAGUCUCCAGUCUCAGCACUAAUAGAUUAAUAAGCUUUUUGCUAAAUUGUCACAAGUCUCUGAACCAUAAUUCUUUACUCUGACACUUGUAUGUUGGGAUGCUGUACAACCUUUUCCAGUCUUUUGUUCUCUUCAUCAAAUACUGUAAACUGCGAAAUUUUCAUGCCUUCUGAUUUUGCUAUUUUCUUUCUUCAAAUUCAAGACAAAUUAAAAUUUUCAUGAUUUAUAUUUUGCUGGAUCAGCAAAAUUUCCUCUGGUUUUUCCAAUCAAAAACAAAAAGUUUUAUUUUUAUUUUUCACAAUUUGGUAUUUUUCAUAAUCUGCAAAAGUGAAUCCCCGUGAAAAUUUGUCAGCCUACAGUGAGAGAUGAAUCCUGCUUUUAUUUUGGCUAAUAUCACACGUAACAGUUUGGUGCACUUUGGCCACUUGCUUUUUAAAAUUAUCACUAUGCACGAAAUGACUUUUCACACACAGUAUUGGUACACUUAUAAAGCUAUACAUGUAUAUAUCUUUCAGCCAUAAGAAAGUAUGAGUAAGGGGAGGUAUUCUCAUAAUGUUUUAAUAAUGAAAAUGAUUUCAGGCUACAAGGUCAAUAUUGGAGGAAAUCAGUUCUCCUCAUGCCAAUAUCCCUCAAAUCGGGUCAUCCCUAUGUUCCCCAGUACCUAUGUUACCCUGUACCAAUCUUCCCCCAAGAGGUACCUAUGUUCACCCAUAUAGUUUUUAUGGUACAGUGUAUGUAGCAAUUUAAAGCAAAGGCGUGUGCACCUUAAUGAAUAAUGCUGAGUAAAAAUGUCUUUUAAUACAAAAAAAAUACUGAAACUCUGCUUUUUGGGGGAUUUCUGGGAAUUGCAAUUUCUUGGAAUUCAGUGACUUCAUUCUGUGAGGUCCAGGAAUUUGUGGAAACAAACCGUAUCACAAAAAACACACUUUUCUUUGCGGACAUAGGUACUGGGAACAUAGGUACCUGGGGAACAUAGGUACCGGGGAACAUAGAUAUGCUCCCCCUGAAAUCAUGAUUGUGUAUAUUUCACUGAAAAGAACCCAAUUUGGAAUUAAAUAUAUUAUGAAGUGGAACCAAGUGGUGUCCUUAUUGAUAAUGUAGAAUGAAGAUUAAUAGGUAGUAAAGCUGUAAAAAGAAGCACAUAAUCUGUGUAUGUUCACAGUUUAACUUAUUCUGUCCACUACAUUCUUUUGUUGAAAUAAAAGGAUUAAUGA